UGUCCUUUAUUUGAUAUAUGCUGGUUGUACACGUAGGCCCUAUCUUGUACAGUGGGGUCUAUUCGCUAGCUCUUCAUCUUUGUGACCUAUUUGUUAUCAGUCAAACAUAGGCCUAUGUUUUUCCCGUGCAGAAUACCAACAGGCGUCAAAAUUCACUAAAAUAUAGUAUAGGGAUCCGAUCGAAAGUAGGCGUAUUAUACAGGUAAACAAUAUGCGACCAUUGAUACGUUUCAUGUUGCUCUUUACAAUUCACGCUGUUGUUGAUUCUGAGGAUGUGUCUGUGACAACAGCAAACGGCGACCUUGUUGGCCUCGUCGCGGAUACCAUACUGGGGCGCGUGGUGCAGUUCCUCGGCGUUCCCUACGCCAAGCCACCAAUCGGUAAACUGCGUUGGAAGCCACCAGAACCUCCUGAUAACUGGCGUGGGCCGAGGGCUGCACGUUCUUUCUCCCCGUGCUGCCCUCAUAGCUAUAAAACCCAGGUUGAGCAUUUUUACACAGAGGAAUUUGUGCGGGCCCGUAUAAGAGACCAGACUAUGAGCGAGGACUGUCUCUACCUUAACAUGUACGUCCCGAGAGCAGUGGUACCAGAUCGAGAACGUCUAUUACCGGUAUUUGUCUAUAUACACGGCGGGAAAUACGAGUGGGGAUCUGGGGUCGAGUUCAAUGGGACCUUUCUGGCACUACAAGGUAACAUGAUUGUCAUCACAUUUAACUAUCGCCUCAAUAUAUUUGGAUUUCUGUCUAAUGGUGAACCAGACCUCGCGGGGAAUUAUGGUGUGUUUGACACGGUCCGGCUCCUUGAAUGGAUCCAAACAAACAUCCGGGCAUUUGGAGGAGACCCCACCCUCGUGACUGUUAGCGGCGAGUCAGCAGGUGGAGUAAUUGUCGACUUGUUGCUGACAGCGUGUCCGCAGGUGCGUACUCGUGGACUGGUAAGGAGAGGAAUUGCUCUAGGUGGGGUAUAUCAUCUGAGGCGUCACAGGGCGCUGAUUGAACAACGUACAAUUAACAACAGCAGAGCGAUCGCAGCUCUUUUAAAUUGCACGUCAGCACACGGGGAAAUAAUUGUGCGCUGUCUUCGCAAGAAGUCAACAGACGAACUACUUUCAGCUUUUCUGCAUUACCAGAGAGAUCCAGUGUUUGCGCCAAAUUUACUUCUUCCCAUUCCUGAUGGGAAUGUGAUCGACAGAUCACUUGAAUACCCCGGACCAGGAGCCCAUGGAAAGGACUACAUGAUUUCUGUCUGCAACUUCGACAGCGGGGCCUGGUUUGGGAUUGGAGGAACGGGUCCAGAAAUCAACACGACGGCUGCCAUAUCUUUUACCAAAGGAUUGAUACAAAUGCUUUAUCCGGGUGCUAAUGAUUUUAUGACCGACGCCGUAAUAUUUGAAUAUACGUCUCCCAACCUUCGAAAAGCGCAUCAAAGCUGGCUAGAAUUAUGGCAAGAUGCUUUUUUUCUUGCCCCCGGAUGGGAGCAUGCUUUACUUUGGCCAAAAAAUGCUAACGUCUACUUUCUUAACUUUGCACAUAAACCGUCUUUUUCAAAAUGGCCGUCAGUGAUUAAUGGCGCCAACCACAUGGAGGAGUUGUAUUUUAUGUUUGGGGAUGUAUUGGAUGCAGCGCUGUUCCCAUCGCGGCCAACCGACGAAGAAGUGGAUUUGAGUAUACAAUUUAUGACAGCCGUUGGGAACUUUGCAUGGACUGGCAAUCCCAAUCCAAUUUCUACCUCGGCUCCACCAGUUCCAACGUGGCCUCGGUUUGAUUCAACAGACAAACUGUACUUGGAUUGGACUGUAGGGUUGACGUCAUCUAACGUGAAACGAGACUUGAAAGCGAGGCGCAUGGAGUUUUGGAAUACACUUCUCCCAAAAUUCCUAACUAACAAAGGCUGGAGAGCCUGGAGUGACUGGAAACCAUGCCGGCAACCCUCCAUUGGCACUGGCACUGGCAGUAGGUACAUGUAUUAUAGUUGUCGUAGAAGGCUUUGCGACAAUCCUCUUCCAGAUUCUGCCGGUCAGGAGUGUACUGGGGAAGAAAUUGAAUGUGUUGAGUGCAGCUACGUGGAUCUUGUGUGCAACAUAUUCGAGUCAUUGGGUGUUUGUAACUGCGGGAUAUACUCUGACCAUGAAUACAGAACGAUGCACGCAGUCCCUUGAUUAAAUGCAGCCUGUAAUUGUUGGUCACCGAAGGAUUGUCAUUGACUUCCAAGUUUUAUGAGAUAAGCCAAUUAUUUUAUAUAAAAGGGGAGAAGGCAAGGUGUAAUGUUA